UUUUUGUUGCUGUUGCUGUUGCUUCCUUCCGAACCCAAAACUGCUGCUUGGAGGCAUAGUCCGACUGUCACUCUACUUACUCUACGCAGCCAUCAAGAUAGAUACGAAUUGUACCAGAAGCUUAUUCUGAGCCUGGACGUUAAUACUUGUAUCCUCAACAGAUUAGGCGGGGAGUGCGAGGCGGGUUGCGUAGCUUUGGCGGUUGUUUGAGUGCCUGCAAGCAUCAUAAUGCCAAGGCAAAAGGCCCGAGAUCACGCUGCUGAGAUGAUGUCCUUCUACCGCAAGGGGAACAAAAUGUCCCCUAGCAGCAGCGGUAGCAGCCAUCGUCGUACCAGUAGAAGUGAGGAUGACGAUGUUGGAGACGGGAUACAUCAAGAAAGGCAGUCCUCGGAGGAAUACUCGUUGAAUUCGUCUUCGACGGACUCCACAAGACCUACCGUUCAUACGAAGCGAGCACCAGUGCCUUCUUCGUCCAAUUCGAUGAGCACGGACGAACAAUCAAAUCCCUCUGCUGGAAGGAACAGUCGAUCGCGCAACUACAGUAGCAGCGGGAGCAGUAAGGGCAUCCACCAUUCCAACACGAGUGGUGCCAGCAGCAAUGGAAACGAUAGCAUUCUUGCAAAUGGAAACAGCCGCGGCAGGUCCGCAAAAAGCCGACAGCGAGUCCCUGGUGGUGCUGCAGCCAAGCUGAUGCUUCGGGGACCUCAAAAGGCAGCUUCGUCGUCCUCGGAACUCAGUUACAGUGACAACUUUGACGCCGUGGAUAGUCACGACGACGGCCCCAUUGAUACCUCGGAAAUUUAUGACAUGAUCAAUCGUACCAAGGCAGAGUUCGAAACGGGACGCCGCGUGUCACCGGUGGCCAUUUCGUCGGAACAAGGUAACGAAGAGAUUGAAGUUUCUUUUCCAGGAGGAGGCAGGAACAGAAACAGCUCGAAAAAGGGUGAAGGCAGGAUCAAAGAUAGUGCCGAUAGCGUUGCGGCGGAGGGGAAAGUGCCGUACAUUUUGAAAAGAGAUGAAGCCUAUCACGAGAAUGCUUCAGCAGCCGUCGCAGCCAUCCUCGCGCCUCAGGCACGAGGGGACAAUGCCUCCACGGUUAGCAACAUGACCGAACUACAUUCGACUCUCAGUAGCGCUCGAUCGCACAACUAUGGUAAUUCGUCCAUCAGCGCCUUUCAGAGUCCCAAGUAUACCGAUGCUGGAAGUGUGGGAAGCAAUGGAUCAAAUACUGCAAAUGAAGAGUUGUUUGAUGUUCACCAGGGAGCAGCCCUGCACAAGAGCCCUACAACGGAGCCAUUCAUUUCGGGAGCCACGGAAGCCAAGUUGGACCGUAUGUCUCAAAAGAUGUUGGAUCCCUCCAAGACAUUGUCAGACCUGCUGCGAGCCAUUGCAUCGCCUGCAGAUGUGACCACUAUGGACCGCGCCUUCAUGGUCCGACGAAAGAAUGCGUGUGGAGCCCUCAAGGUCUUGACUGCCCAUAAUCGUCGUCGAAAACAAAUAUGCUGGACUGUGGGAGUUUUGCCAGCCUUGACAUCGGUUUUGCAGGAUGCAGGAGAUGAGGCCUUGGAAGUUGUCUAUCCUGAUGUGCGAACCCGGACGGAAUAUGAAGAAGCACGUCGUAGGGCUAUUGCGGCAUUGACCAAUCUGGCCAUGCCCGUUUCCAAUCGUCUGGCAGUUUUCCAUACGCCGGGAUUGGUCCAAGCCUUGAUUGCAACCAUUAUGCGCGUUGAAGGAGAUUGCUUGGAAGGAGCCUGUGCAACGCUGGCAUAUCUGGCCAAGUCCAACGAGAAUAGGAUUCUGAUGGCCCAGGUGCCAGGUCUUUUUGAGGCAGUGCUGCGUGUUUUACGCCCAACAAUGAAUGAGGAGCAGUCUUUUCCUGAUUCUCCUAAGCAACAAGAUUAUCCUUGGACCUCUUCAGUAUCGGACAGCGAUAGUUCAAUGUCGUCUGGUGACGAAGACGAGGAUGAAGACGAUGAGGAGGACGAUGAAGACGAUGAUUUUGAUGAUAUGGAAGAGGAAGCGUCCAUCUUGAGUGGAUCCACAGAUUGUUCGUCUGAGGGAGGCUCGUCUGAGGAAGAGGAUGAUGAAAUGGACGAGCAUACGACCGAUGAUGAAAUGUCAACGGAUCAUGAGUCCAUGACUGGCAGCGAGGCGUCGACGGACGCAUCCGACAGUGAAACGUCGGGUGAUGAAUCUCGGAGUGAUUAUCGUCCUCCAGUCGUCACCAAGAGGAAAGUACCAAAAGCACAGCACAAGAAGAGUGUUGGUAGUCCCAAGCCGUUGUCUCCUUCCAGCAAUUCCUCCCGCCCGAAGUUGCAUUCGAAUUACGACAAAGACAAAUCGAUCUCGGCAGCUCGCAAAAACUUGUUUGCUAUGCUUGGGCAUCUUGUUAAGGAAAAGGAUAACGCGUAUCGCUUGGCUCGUGUCAACGAACUUGUCCCUGUAGUUGUGGAGAUUUCUAAGAUGCACGAGUCUCCCAUUCACGUGCUUGCUGUGCAGCUGUUGGCUCAUCUUACUCGCCAUCGCCUCAACAGCAAGUCUCUUGUUUUUAAAAUGCAAGUGGUGAUUCAAGCCAUGGUAAAGGCUACUUAUUCCAACAGCGAUAUUUCUCGUCGCUAUGCUUGCUUUGCUAUACAGAACUUUUCUCAUGACAAGUCCUGUCGUCAAGAGCUGGCUAGUUCGGAGAAACUGAUCACAGCCCUCUGCAAGAGAGCUAGGCACUCAAAGGAUCCCGAGGAGCGCCUUGCAGCAAUUUGCGCCUUGAAGAAUCUAACUGACGAGCCCGCCAAUCUGAUCCCUCUCAGCAACACAGCGGAGUGCAUAGCUACUUUGAUGCAGAUCGCUCAUGGCCAAGAAGAGGGCGUCACUGAAAUGAUGCAGUUUAGGGCUUGUGAUGCCCUGGCAACAAUUAGUCACUGGCUUCGUAAAAUCGCCACCAACGGGCAGUCCAUGGACGCAGCAAAGCACGAUGAUGCCAAGCCCAAGAGUAUGUUUGUUCCUUCCCUCAAGGUUAUUGGCUGGGAACAAUUUGAGUAGUAAAGUAGCAUUGUAGUGUUUACAUGAAUACGGUUUGGUUUCAGAAACAGGCAGCGCAGGAAUAGGCCAGUAUGGCACAGACAGCUCUGACAUGAGGGUGCCGGUACGGUGCCGUUUCGGUUCGUUAGUAGGAUAAAUACUUUGUUCUACCGGUAAGCACAGACCAGACAAAACUCAACCCUACAAAAUGUUCCAUUGCUAAUCAAUUUUUUUUCCCUCGUUCAUGAGGUGUCAACGGUAUACGUUGUGCUACCCGCUCAAAGAGGGGGUCCCGGCAUUUGCAUACGAAGAAACUCAUCAAAAGGGCACACCGUUCCAUAUCCACCUGGAUGAAGGACAGCAGCAGUGCAGUCGCUGGGAACGUCGGAUGCCUCAAGAACCGAUUGCCACACAGCGAAGGCAAUCGUGGGGCCACCAAUAGGGUCCAACGUGGGGCCAUGUGGGCCCAACUUGACUUCGUGACCGGCACAGCGGAAGUAUUGGAGUUUUGGACAAUGCACGCAAAAGCCAUCAACUUCAAGUGUUUUCAGAGAGGGCGAAGUGAUCUGAACGGUCUCAUCUUCUGCGAACUGUAACUCCUCGCACCUCAGUCAUUGGCGUCAUUUUUCAUCUUUGCGUCACCGACCGCGAAUUUUUUAGGCUCGGGGGCAGUUUCUUCCUCGCGAUUGGGGUUGCCGCGCUUCUUGAUGAUAGGAUGGUUGGUAUCGUUGUUGGCAAGUGCGUUGAAAUUCAUCAUCUUCUCUUGUCUUCGGGAAUUGUGGUUGUUCGUCGGCUUUGAUUGAUGGUGGGAGAGUGGGGGGGCAUAGUCCACAGUUAAGUUUGUCCCCCCUUGUCACAUGUGAC